AUGGACAUCGUGAUCAGGCCAGGAGCCCUGGCAAGCGCAUCAUCUCCAGCGUACCGUCACAAAGGAAUACUCCUCGAUGUGACGCACGCAGAUCCGCAAGCACAAGUACACUUGCGAAAUGGCGGCGCGACCAGCGAUGGAACCGCCGCCCAAGCCUCCGAGGCGCGAAAGCGUCAGCACUAUGCUCGGCCAGGACACGUGUCCUUUGACGAGCGCAGCUAUAAACUUACCACCUUAGCGUUGAAAAGCUUUGGCCGCCUUGGAGAGGAGGGUUACGAAUUCAUCGACGAACUAGCGACGCACGCUGCAGGAGGGAGGCAUGGAGGAACAAUGACCCAGAAAGGAUUCUACAAGGAGAGGCUACUUCAGGUCGUUUCGGUGGCUACGCAGGUGGCCAUAUCAAGGAGGGUAGUGCAGAGGUACAAGCUCGCAUUGCGCGGGCGUCAAGACGCCGAAAACAGGCGAACAAGAUCGACCUCGGACCAGUCAACGCCAAUGAUAUGGGGAUGGAGUGUAGACGCAUCGUAGAACGCGUUUUCGUUUGAAGUUGACGUCUUGAUUUGAGAGUAGAUGUGACAGAUUUGCGUAGAAUAGGGUAAGAAGAUGUUAUCAUGAACGGAGAUGAAAGGGCUUUUCCAACACGGAGAUGUAGCAUGGAUCAAAGCAUUUGUUGGAUUUCAGCUUUUACAAGCGGACAUCAACGCAGUAGUAGUAUUUUAGCAAGCUUACGAACGCAUAAAGGAUACCAUCAGGAUUGUCAUUGGUAAGUUGAAGAGGAGAUACUUUUACGAUGUAAAUGACAGUAGAAAUAAGUCCUACAUAUAUAUGUUGUUGUACUUCGUAUUGGUUUAAUAUUCAUGUAGAG